AUGGAUUCCGUGCAAGUUUCGACGCUGUUCUCAGUGCUCCGAUCCUUUAGCAAUUCUCAAUUCGCUGAAAAUACAACUGACGGCGCUGCGAUUCAGAAUCCAGAUGAGAAUGGUAGUAUCCAAAUAUGUGUGAAAUUAUCAAAGGGAAAUUAUGUGGAAGUCAAGUGUAAUCCGGAUACUUCAGUGGAAUAUUUGAAAUAUUUGAUCUACACCAAAACUGGAAUUCAAGCCGCCUCUCAGCGAUUGUCUAAUCAGCACAAUCUUCCAUUAGACGAUGAUGAUCAAUUGCUUUCGAAUUAUGGUAUUGCCAAUGAUUCGCUGAUCCAUCUGGGAGUUCGAUUGCUCGGCGGCGGAUUCAGCGCCUACAAAAUCGAUCCAUCUUUAUUUGAUCCGCCAUUCAAUUUCGAUUUUCGAAAAAUUAACGACGACGGCAAAAAAUUUUUACGAGCCGGCCGACAAUACUUUCGCCCGUGUGGCUCAUUUCGAUAUGCUCUAAAAGUUCGCGGCCGAUAUGAGAACGAUGAUUGGCUCGGCUCGAACAACGGAAAAGGCGAAUGGGUGAACGCCUAUCAUGGAACCACAGAAUCGAAUGUGCUUAGUAUUGCAAGAAGUGGAUUCGAUGUGAAAAAAUGUCGAAGAGAAGUGUUCGGAUCGGGAAUCUAUUGUUCGCCGGAUCCGAAGACGGCGCUUUCCUACGCAACUCCAUAUGAGUAUGAGGGCAAGAAUUAUAAACUGGUGUUCCAAGUUCGAGUCGAUCCCACACAGAUUAAUCUAGUCGCUAUUCAAGCAUACAAUGCUCAUGAUGAAUAUUGGACAGUUCCCGAUGGAAAGUAUAUAAGACCAUUCGCGAUUUGUGUUUAUGAAGUUUGA